AUGCAUUUCUCUUCGCUCAUUGCUCCCGUCUUUGCCCUUCUGGGUGCCGUGUCUGCCAACUCGCUCGCUGGUCGUGCGGCCCAGCUCACUCAGGUCCAGAACUUUGGCGACAACCCCAGUGGAACUGGCAUGUACAUCUAUGUACCUACCAAGCUUGCUGCUAAGCCUCCGAUCAUCGUUGCCAUUCACUACUGCACUGGUACUGCCCAGGCUUACUACCAGGGCUCUCCCUACGCCAAGCUGGCUGACCAGAAGGGUUUCAUCGUCAUCUAUCCUUCUUCUCCCCACAGCGGAACUUGCUGGGAUGUCUCUUCGCAGAAGUCCUUGAAGCACAAUGGAGGUGGUGACAGCAACGCCAUUGCCAACAUGGUCACCUACGCCCUCAAGAAGUACAACGGUGAUGCCAGCAAGGUCUUUGUUACCGGCUCCAGCUCUGGUGCCAUGAUGACCAACGUCAUGGCCGCUACCUACCCUGAACUCUUCGCUGCCGCCACCGCCUACUCCGGCGUCCCCGCCGGCUGCUUCGUCUCUUCCUCCGGUGCCGUCGAUGCCUGGAACUCCACCUGCGCUCAAGGCAACGUCGACCAAUCCGCCGCCUACUGGACCAACGUCGUCAAGGGAAUGUACCCCGGCUACAGCGGUUCCCGUCCCCGCUUCCAAGUCUACCACGGCAGCAUUGACACCACUCUUCGCCCCAACAACUACAGAGAGAGUGUCAAGGAGUGGACAGGUGUUUUCGGCUACGAUGCUACCAAGCCUCAGACUGUCAAGAACAACUUCCCUGCUAAUGGAUACACUACUGAUAUCUGGGGUGUUGAUUCAACCAACCCUCUGGGCAAGGUUCAGGGUAUCUAUGCUUUGAACGUUGGACACACUGUUCCUAUCAAUGGUGCCCAAGACAUGGCUUGGUUCGGUCUUUAA